UUCCUGAGAGGGUGGUUUUAGGCAUGGAGGAAUUGUGUGAAGCGAGGGUUUGCUUGUUUUUCCCUUAAUCAGAGAUGGAAGGAAAGGACUUGUAAAUUCUGUAUACUAAAAGUUGGGGACCACCAUUUUACUAUUAGGAGCUUCUGUUUAGUUUAACUUCCAUGGUACUUCUCUAUACGUUGUCUUGUUCAAUUCAAAAAGAAGUAGGAUCCAUCAAUUUCGGGUACUUUCUUCUGAUCUUUAUCUUAUAUUUUUGUGAGCUAGGAUCAAGGUGUUGUGUGCAAUGGCAACCAAUGCAGGCAUGUCGAGUCAUGUGCCACAGCUACAGGCCAAUUAUGGUACACAUGAUUGCAUGCAUUAUCCAUGCUGUGCACAUCACCUUAUUGAGAUCAAUCUCGAGGUCAUAUUUGUUACCCAGAUUUAUCUCUUUAGUUUCACACUUUCCUCUGCUAGUUGUAUCCAAGAAUUGUCAUAUCAUGGCAUAUGGGCAUGCUGAUACCUUUUUGGCAUGGUAUGAUGUCAAUAUCCUUUUAGCACAAUGACAGCAACACCUUUCUGGCGUAGCUCAGUACUGAUCUUUGCUGGUUGUAUAUGUAUGCUUAUAUAUCAGCCAACUUUUGCCAAAAAAUUUGCUUAGCCUUGUGUCAGCACUCAGUUGUAAUUCAACAUAGACAUGCUAAUAUCCUUUUGGCACAACAUGUGCUGACUCAUGCCAACAAACACAAUCCUUACUUGCAUCAUGCCUUUUAUAUUGGUUUGAUUAUGCCUUUAGAAAACUUGGCAUGCUCAGAUUCAUGGUUAGUGUUUCUUUGUGUUGGUUUCAUUGUGCCCUCGAAGCUUGUUCAGACCAGAAACGUCAAUUGGUAUUGUCUCUUGAAUGAUGGGAUACCACAUAGCGUAGCAGUAAGCACUUUGUUAGGUACUGAUGUCAUGUCUGUUUAUCUUAUUGCAUUCACGCAAUGUUUCUUAACUUGCUUAAACAUGAUGCUUUUUUCAUUUCAUUUGUAAAACUUAACACUAAGAUUGGGUCUUGUAACACGUUGGCUUGUGUCAAGUUGGACCCAUGAAGUCUGAACAUGAAAUUAUUCUAACAGGAUUGAAGUUGUGGAAUCCACCAUAGAAAAGGAGAAAACAUUAUACUUAAUUUAUAAAUAAUCCAGAAUGUCAGUUUAGUAUUCUUCCUAUUCAUGAAGACUUAUUCUCUUGUUAUGGGCUAAAGAUUGCAAACUCUACAAGGAGAACAAUAACAAUAUAUUUCAAAGUCCAUUAAAAAAAGGAACAUGAUAACAAGCAAAAUAUAUUUUUCCACAAAAAAUUUUCUCGACCAAUGAGCUUUAUGUAAGCUUAUGGUACAAAAUAACUCAAAAGGCAUCAUUUUUUUUUGUACCACUUCUAACCCACUCUUUUUAGGCUUCCUCUACCUUGGCGUUAGUCUUCUAAAUUGAAUUAGUUAGCUUUGCUGAGCAUUUUUUGCUUUCUUUUGGCGCAUCCAGGCUAUAUUUUACAAUCUUCACUUUUUUAAAAAUGAAUGUUACUUUUAUCUGUUAUUCGAUAUCCACGUUGACAGCUUAUUUUUGUUACACUAUCUUUCCAUAUAUGUUUCCGGUUGCCCAACACUUUGUUCAAUAAAACAUAAUUGAUCUUGUUUCUGUCUUUUGAAUAAUUUCUUCCAAUUUGUGAAGCAAUAGUUAACAGCAUGGUGACAUCACACUUCCGAUGUACCAUUUAAUUUUAACUACCGGAUUUAAUUCAGCAGUAUCUUCUUUGAUCUCAAUAUGUUGUUGAUUGACAAGAAGAUGCAAGAUUUCUGUUGAAAAUUUGAAUUUAUCUACCUUGAUUGCACCAUCUUUUCCUAUGAUCAUGGUGCCAGUUGUUUUAAUAUAUUUGGUCUUGGUCUGAUUUAUUGUAAAGUGUUCUAAAGUUUGUCUCCUUGUAUCUUUAAUAAGAUUUUUAUCUCUUAUAUAAUCUCAGCCUCUCAAUAACAAACAAUGUUGUCUUAAAAUAAGAUAUACCUUGAAACUUGAGUUUGAGUAUAUAUACUGAAUCCAUCUGUUACGAACACAUAGGGCUAACGAUUAUUAUAACUUAAAAUUGGCUUAUAGUUGACGUAUGUUUGACGAAUGCUAAUUAUUUAUAUUGAGAUGAGUACACUAUCUAAUGCAUCUACUUUAAGCUUAGAUUUGGUCAAAUAUGUCUGGUGUGAUGCCGAACAAACAGAAAACAUAUGAUUGCAUAAAUGGCUAAGUUUGCACCUACUGGCAGUUAAGAACAACAUAAGUACACAUUGCAAACAAAUUGAGGACAUGAUGUUCCUGAGGAGCACCUUGUAAAGUUGAGUUUACAGAACAACCCAUACGGGUCAACUUUAAUAUACACAAACCAGACCUCUCUUUUUAAUUGCCCCUUCUAUCAUCCUCUCUUCUCUCCUUAUUACCAUCCUCUCUUGUUUUUUUUUCUCUUUUAUUGUCAUCCUCUAUUCUUUAGCUUUCACCCUUCAUUUGUCUCUCUCAUUACUUCAAUUUCUCUCACUUUUGCUGUUGUACUUUCUGAUGCCACUCCCUUUCUAUCAUUCUUUUUUCUUCUCUUAUCACCUAACUUCACGCUGUUGCUGACAGCCUGACCUGCCUUUUAGUGUCCAGCUUAUUGGAGUUGAUAUUUCUAUCUUUUAAUAACCAGAUUAAUCAAAUUCAUUCUAUAACAAAGAGGCACUUCACAACUAUAUUUUUGUUAUAAAAUAAAUAUUUUAUUAUUUUUUAUACAAACAUAUUUUAUUGCUAGAUCCACUGGUCCAACCAGUGAACUGGUGACCUGAGGUUAGGUUGGUCUGAUGUCCAGUGGAGGUUUGGUAAUUAUGGUUAGAAUUAUCUCAAUGAGCCAGUUAUGAGGCUGAAUGUGCCUAUUAUAAAUUAUUGAUUAACAUUAUUGAUAUUUAUGCAGAUAUAACAACAUGGUGUUAAUUUAGUGGCGGGAGACUAAACUAUCCCAAAACCCUCCCUUCUAGCCCCAGGCAAGGGCUGUUUGUUUGUUUUUCUUUUAUGUUUGGAUGUAUGGCCAUUCAUAUAUACAGUCACUAUUUUAGAUGGAGUUUAGAGUCAUACCUUAGGUUGUAUACUUAUUUUUGAAUUAUGUUUUUGUUAUAGAUACCACUGGGAGAGUUUAUAAAUGGUUCAUGUUAAGAGAAUUUUAUUGGUGUCUUUAUAUGAUCCAAAGUUAUCUUAUUUUACAAUGUAUAUGGAAUACUGUAAGCCCUUAAGGGCUACAUCUUGGUAUUGAUUAUUUUAUUGUUGCAAUUUUAUGAUAGUUUAAUAACUGAACUCUCUGUUUUUCUUAUACAUUUGGGCGACCAAUUCUACUUUUCAUCUAAGUGUACCUUAAUAGCAGGGACAUAUCCUUUAAACUGAUAUCAAAGCAGGUAGGUGUUUUACAAUAAUCCUCUGCAAUGCCUACACCGUUAUUCCAUGACUUUAUGAAGAUCUAUGUGAGAACCCUAUCAUAUUUUAUUUUAUAUCUGAUGCUGCUAAAUGCCCUACAAUCUGUAUGUGAUUUUAGGUUCCCCCCAUAUUAGAAGGAAGAAAUCUCGAUAAUGUAUUGAAAAAUACAGUGCCUUAUAAUAGCAGUUAACAACUUAAUCAACAUUUCACUUGCAGAUCUUCAGCAGAUGGCUUGUCCCAUUUAUUGAUUAUGUUUAUUCUUAUUGACCAAUAAUAAUUCCGCUGGAUAACAUUGAGAAUUGUGACUGACUUGGUUGUAUCAUAUGCAACAACAAAUAUCAUUAGGUCCAUCUCAUGGAAUGGGACCUGCUAUCCUUAGAAGGGAGCCUUGGUUUCACUGUGGUUUUCCUGUAAGCAACACAUGAUAAAAUUCAAACCUUGCUGGUGGGUUUCGGUUAAGAACUAAUGCCAUUGUGUCUGGAUGCUUGUUUUCUGGUGGUCAGAUUUCAGUUUUUUGAACUCUAUUACUCACAUAGAAUAUUUUUCUCCCUUGUGGAUCUGGAAGGGGCUUCCACUUAUUAGGUAAAUUGUGUUAAGAAGUGUCCAAUGAAGAUAAUGAUUUUGCCUUUUUUUGUCUCAAGCUUGUAAAUGAUAGGUAGUAGUGGUAUAAUUUCUUCUACAAUGGCAGCAUAUGGGAGGUUUGAAUAAAUUGUUCAAGGUUACUGCCCCAGGGCCACAGCAGAACAUGACCUAAUGUGGCAGCAAGAAUGAUGCUCUUUCCAUUCUACAAAAUCAUGUGCUUUUGGAUGUGGAGACUAUCCUUUCAAGGGUCAAGGAUUUUGCAAUUAUAAGCGGUACUUAGUUGCUGAACAUGCAAAAGCUGUCUGGCUGACGAGCACCGCCUAAUGCUGGGAAGGACAACUAUUUACUCAACAGAGUGAAGCUGAGGACUAGAUGAAUUGAUCUGGAGUAGACUCUGCAGGAACCCGGCAUAGAUCUCCCCUAAUGCUGGGAAGGACAAAAGUUAUUUGUGAAGCAUUCUUGGAUGUCUCAAGUUAAGGUUAUAUAAAUGGGCGGAGUACGUUGUAAAGUUGCAACUCUUGCACCGGUGGCUUGACUGGUGAGACCAGUUCAUGGGGCAUUCAAAUGCAAGGAAUCGGAAAAGCUUCUACAGGUGCGGACAAGCUUUUUAUGCAUAGAGGUGUCGAUAGAAUGAUGCUUGCUAAUCAAUAUCCUUUUAGGUUUGGUCUGAUUUGACUAAUCGAUUGAUCCUAUAUAAUGUGAGAUACGAUGAUCUGAUCGGCCAGUUGGCCACAUAUGGUUAUGUGCUCAGUAUAUCUUUUUCUUAUCUGUCAAUUGUACUAUAUCAAAAAUUACUCGUAGUGAGUGAUAAGAUUCUUCAAGAAAGCCUUAUCAAUUGUACAAUAUCUAACUUUGCUCGUGGUGAUGAGGUUGCUUUAAGAAAGCUUGUUGAGGACGGACAAGGUGAAGUUAGAUCAUUCAACUUGUUGGUGAAGGUGACAUCACAAUCAUGGUCGAGAUCACAGUAUGAAGUUUGAUGCCAAUAAGAUCUCCCAAGGAGUGAGAGCUGCCACAAAUAGGCACUAUCUCUUGCAAAUGGAAAAAAGGUGUGUUUAGUGGGAAGGUAUAUCUGACCAUGCUCCAAUGAAUGACACAUGAAAAGGUAAAAGAAAACGAAGGCCCCACAUAAAAGAGUGCAUGACAAGGUAGGAAUUGAUGCAGUUCUCUCUAGGGUAAUUGCUGACCUAUCCCCUCCAAAAAAAUCAAAAGAAGCAUCAUCAGCUGGUGGUGCUGGUUUCGGUUUAUUUUCAGAUCACUGCAGUAUCUUUGCUCAUCAUCAAAUGGUUGUUGUUGCUGAAGCAAACAUAGGGACCAAAGUAUGACUUGAUUGUUUUCAUAACCCUUUCUUUUUCUUUUUUAGGGGAAUUAUGCAAUGUAUCCCGUAUCUUAUGGACCAAACUCUAAAGAACUGGUACUCGAUUUGUUGAUCGACUGCAUGUUUCCUGGUUAUUUCCUGUCAAAUGAGGAGCAGCAGCCAAUCAUUCUCAAUUGGAGAACCCGACGAAGCAAUGUAUAAAGCUGCAGCAACAUCUCCGAAGCUUCCACGCUCUCAUCCUCACGUCCAGGUUUUUGGCUUCUCCUCUCUCGAUUCGUUUGGUUUAUAUCGUCUAGCUAGCUUCGCUGCAGCUACAGCUGCAGCAUCAUCUCUGAAUCCCUUGUCGGUACAUCUCAUGAAGAUCGACAGCAUCCAAAGGUAUGCGCACUUUUGUUGCUAUUGUUUUCUGCCAUCUUCCCAUUUCCAUCAUGGUUGCUCCGUCCUCCUGUCUUUGGGAUAAAGACAACAUGUUCGAUGGAAUGUAUCUACGACCAAGAAAUCAUUCACUUGGUCACAUGAUGUUGAUUAAGCAACAUCGGAUGGUGUUCAUCGUCAAAGUUCAAACUCAAUACAUAAAUAGGAUUCUCAAGUAUCUUUUAAUUGGAUUCGAUGCAGAGUUGGGAUCCCAAUGGAUGAGAUCUUGUCUUUCGGGUAGGGUGGCAUUGAUGGGUUCCUUUCGAAGGUGCUACCCACAGCCUGCUCUUAAUGGAGUAUGAAGAGAAUUAAACGUGGUUGAGUUCGAUGCAGUCGUGUCACCUGCGGAGAGAUCAACCCAAUUAUCUUAAGUUCUUCUAAUGAAUCGAUCUUACAUCUCUGACGGCGCCACAUGACGGCAGCGCCCCCUGGUCGACACGUGGUUUGUGCCUCUGGAGGCCGAGCCACGCCGCGACGCGUCGCGUCGUCAGAGCCGUACGUUACGGGCACCGGUCCAUCAACCGUCCAUCCCACGCCGUGUAACGCGGCAUGGGUUUGGUCCUCCACAAGACGCCAUUAAUUGUCCGCGAAGGGACGCGUGGCGGCAUCGCAGGAGCUCCUCUCAUCAUCAUCCUGAUCAUCACGACCAUUAAAGCUUGUUAAACAGAGAGCGACUCGAAGGUGGGGGAAGGAGGUCGGGCGGCAAUGGCAUCGGCAGCGGUCGCGGAGGACGAGAAGAACAGGUGGUUUAGUUAGUUAGUUAAUGAAGGAGGAAGGUGGGCAUAAUUAUAGCGUGCGGCGGAAGGAAAGGGUUGUUGGGCCCACCCGCCCACGUGCGUAUGUUGUGAGCGGGAGGGAAGAGGGUCAGAUGCGCCGGAAGGUGGUUAGUUGGCCCGGUCGGGUUAGGAUUUGGCGAGUAGGUCGAGGAGUCCCGAGCCCGACGCACAAGCCCUUUUGAUGGCUCCUCUCCCUCUCUCCGGGAACAAGACAUCUUGGGAUCGAGUUCCGAUAUAUGUUAACGAGGCAUCCCAUGGAACAGAGGAUACUGAGAGAGGGGAACGGGCCGGCGACUUCUUUGCCUCUGAUUCCUUACGAGUCGAUCCAGGGAGGAGGAAGGAUGGAGGAGUUAGCGGCGUCUUUGGACGAGUAUGACAAGUUGGUCAUCCGAAUGAACACCCCCAGAGUGGUGGUGGACAAUGCCGUGUGCCCCACAGCGACGCUGGUGAAGGUGGACAGCGCUCGGGAGCACGGCAUCCUGUUGGAGGCCGUGCGCGUCCUCGCCGACCUCGACCUAGCCGUCCGCAAGGCCUACAUCUCCUCCGACGGCCGCUGGUUCAUGAACGUCUUCCACGUCACCGACCGCUGUGGCCGCAAGCUCGCCGACCGAUCCCUUACCUCCCACCUCGAGCGCUCCCUGUGUGCCUCCCGCCCCGGUGACGACACACAGCCCCCCGCUCUCCUUACGGAGCCUGCCGGCCUCGAAGUCCACGGCCUCACGACUCUCGAACUCGCCGGCGCCGACCGCCCGGGCCUUCUCUCCGAGGUCUUCGCCGUGCUCCGCGACGUCGAGUGCGACGUGGUGGCGGCCAAGGUGUGGACCCACAACGGCCGCGUCGCGUCCCUCAUCACCGUCAGGGAGGGCCGCCCCGGCUCGCCCACCGACGCCGACGCCGACGCCACGCUCCGCGCCCGUCGCGUCGAGGCGCGACUCGGGAACGUCCUCAGGGGCGACCACGCCGUCCGCGGCGCGAGGAACGCCACCGCGGUUGCGUCGUCGUCCGCCUCGGCGGCCCAUUCCGACCGCCGGAUGCACCAGCUGAUGUUCGCCGACCGCGACUACGAGCAGACCACCCCCGGCGUCUCUACGCCGGCGCGGUCGGUGGUCUCGGUGCAGAACUGGGUGAACCGCGGGUACUCCAUCGUCAACGUCGAGUGCCGCGACCAGCCGAAGCUCCUUUUCGACGUGAUAUGCACGUUGACGGACAUGGAGUACGUCGUCUUCCACGGCAUCAUCGACACCGACGGCGACAGGGCUCGCCAGGAGUUCUACAUAAGGCAUUUGGACGGAACUCCGAUCAAUUCGGAAGCGGAGCGACAGCGAGUGAUCCAGUGCUUGCAAGCCGCCAUUGAUCGCAGAGCAUGCGAAGGAGCGAUGCUGGAGUUGUGCACAGCGGAUCGAAGAGGUCUGCUCGCGGACGUGACGCAGACGUUCCGCGAGCACGGGCUAUCCGUGACGAGAGCGGAGGUGACCACCAAGGCCGGAAUUGCCAUGGACGUGUUCUACGUGGCCGACACGGCCGGCCACGCCGUCGACCAGAGGACGGUCGACGCUAUCACGGAACGUGUCGGCGUGGAGAGCCUAAAAUUGAGUGAGGAGCGACGGCCGUGGUGCCACCAGAAGUGGCCCACCACCGAGGAGGACAGAGUAGCCAAUGGUGGUGGUGGUGGUGGGGUUGGGCUGUUCUACCUUGGGAGCAUAGUGAAGAGGAACCUCUACAACCUGGGCCUCAUCAGAUCCUGCUCUUUGCAGGGAGCCCAUAGCACGUAGGGGGUUUGCAUGUGUUCUCGCCGCGUAGUAUGUCUGAUCUGGACCUGAGUCUGCACAUAAAAGAAAUGGGGGCAUCGGAGAAGGAAAGGACAUCAGAUUGCUUCUCCACAGUGGAGAUCAUAGGUCCCCACAUCACCCGCCCCACCUCAUUGAAUUGCCAUUGUCGUGGAUAGGGGAUAGCUGAGAAUGUAGAAGAGAAGAAAGAGUAGAAUGGUUGGUAGAAACAGCCCCACAAAGAAAAAAAGAGAAAAGGUUGGGGGCUUUUAGGGUGUUGGUAGGGUUUGAAUUGGGGCUUGUGAUGGCUAUUUGACAGGUAGGUGGUGGUGGUGGAAACUUCAGCUGCCAGCUAUUGUGGAAGAAAGGGUGUGACUAUUUAUAUGUAUAGUCAUUGUACACAAGAAAACAACUUGAUGUUAGUACUAAUGUUGGGGGGUGUUUCAACCUGUUUGCUCUCUACUUAGCUUUCUUACUCGAA